UUCACACAUAGAGAGGAAGAAAUGAUACAUGAUAGAUUGAUUGCAAGUCAUUUAAAAUGCAAAGCUAGUUUUGCGACACAUUUUAUAAAGUUAAAGAUAAAGUACUUUUGUUCUCCAGGUGUGUUCGGCGCUGAUGAAGUGAUGUCAGUGACGGAGGGACAUUCUGUCACUCUACUCACCAAUGUUACUGAACUAAAGAAAGAUGAUGUGAUGCUGUGGAAGUUUGGACCAAAAGACAUUCUUAUAGCUCAGAUCAGUACAAAGGAAAAAGAGAUAUAUAAUGAUGCCUAUGGGAGAUUCAGAGACAGACUGAAGCUGAACUAUCAGACUGGAUCUCUAACCAUCACAAACAUCAGAAUCACAGACACUGGACUUUAUAAACUGGUCACCACUCAAAGAGACACCCCGCUUAAGAUAUUCAACAUUACUGUUAAUGGUGUGUUUAUUGUUGAUCCAGAUGAAGUGAAGUCAGUGUCAGUGAUGGAGGGAGAUUCUGUCUCUCUUCACACUGAUCUUACUGACAUACAGAGAGACGAUCAGAUACUGUGGACUUUUGAACUUCAAGAGUCUCCAAUAGCCGAGAUCAUUAUGGGAAACCAAUCAUACUUUAUCUCUGUCCCUAAUGAUGGGAUAUUUAAAGGCCGUGUACAGAUGAACAAUCAAACUGGAUCUCUCACCAUCACAAACAUCACAACCGAACACUCUGGACUUUAUAAACUACAGAUCAGAAGCAGCACCAAGAAAUCAAUAAAGAGAUUUAAUGUUGCAGUGUAUAGGGUAUCUUUAGUUAUUGUAGCAGGUGCUGUCGCUGCUGUUCUGGUGGUCGUGUCUGGAGCUCUCUGCCUAUUUGUGUUUUUCUGUUGCUGCAGAACCUCUAAAAGACAAAAAGAAAAUAAUAAACUACCUGUGAAUGAAGGAGAUUCUUUCACUUUAAGCUCACUGAAAGGUCACACUGAACUAGAAGAAAAUGCCAUGACAUGGACGUUUGGAAACAAACCCGUGGCUACAUUCAGUGGAAAUCCGUCAUCUGAUUUUGAUGAAGACAGUCUCGGAUACAGAUUUCAUGUGGAUCCUCAAACUGAAUCUCUGAGCGUUACAAACAGCAUAACUGAAGAAUCUGGAGAUUAUCAACUACCGAUCUUCCGAAACGACAUUACACAGAAAUCAGAAGAGAGAUUCAUUGUUGUUGUCCAGGAGAAAAUUCAGAAUGUGUCAGUGAUGGAGGGAGAAUCUUUCACUCUCAACACUUACAUGCAGAGGCCUGAUAUGAUCAAGUGGGAGAUAGGACACAGGUGUAUAGCUGAAGUCAUUGGUAUACAACCUGCUGUUAGUGCUGUUGUUGAUGACAGAUUCACAGACAGACUGGAGCUGGACCAUCAGACUGGAUCUCUCACCAUCACAAACACCAGAACCACAGACUCUGGACUCUACACAAUGAAGAUCGGCUCCGAGGAUUCAGAAUGGAAAUUCAGUGUCACUGUCAAGAGCCGGGCUUCUUGGAAAAAACGUCCAGAGUGGAAAGAAGAAAACGAAAUGGCAAUACAAACACCUCUGAUGAGUGAAAAUGCUUCAGGCAGAAGGAACUAUUGAAUCAGAAAAGAAGCUGUUAAUGUUGUGGAUGAUCAGAAGGAAAUAAGCAAAUGAGUCUAAGAACAAACACACAUUGAACAAAUAUGUUUGAAAAUGCAUCAAUCUGAAAUUCCAAGGGAACAAAGUCCUUUUAAAAGUUUAAUUUCAUUACUACUGUAAGUGACAGCCUGUCUGUCAAAAAUUAUAAAGAAACUUUAACAUUUGUAUGAAUGAAGAAGCAGGCCCUAAAAAAUGUAUACAUCUAUGUGAUAUAUGUCUAGUUGUGUAAUAUUGUUUCAGUGCUUUCAACACAUCAACUUUAACUAUCUUUACAUAGGAAAGAUGUUUAGCAAAUAGCUUCACAAAUGGAAUGUACAAGUACAAUACAAAUGCCUUGCCUUUGACACAUUUUAUAAUGUUACUGAAUGUUUCUUUUGGUUAAGACAGCUCAAGCAUGCUUCUGUUAUUAGACUCGAGUCUUUUCUGUGACACUGGGCAUAAAUGUGUGUCGUUAACUGAUGUAAAUAUUGUGAAAUUAGCCUUCAGUGUAAACAAAUCCUGUCAAAAUAACCCGGACAUUUUCUGGCAGCAGGGGCGACAAAAUUGUUCCUUGAAAUAUUUUUUUCCUGUAUAAAUUAAAGUUUCUCUGAUUUUCUUGUAAAUAUGAUUUUUUUUCUGUAAUUUUACAGUUUUGACUGUAUUUCAAAGAUUAACUGUAAAAUAAGUUUCCGGCGCCAGGAAUAUACUGA